GUUUUAUUUGCAUUAUUGACUGACUGGUUUAGAUUAAGCGGCACGAUAUGUAAGUGACUGAGACCACCAUACUGACGCUCCCAUUUCUGUACAAGAAAAUUAAUGUAAAUUGAAUGAAAAUAUGGAAUGAAAACACAAAUGCCACUCGUGCGAUCAAAACUGCUUCUUGUUCUGCAGAAAUGACUUUGAAAGACACUUUGUAAAAGCAAUAAACAUGUUUGGUCAAAACUGACGUGCAAAGGAACUAAAAUGUGUUGACACAUGAGUGAUUUUAAGUAAUAUAGAAAGCGAACUAAGUGCUGUUUUUAUGUAACGUUUAUUUGUAGUUGUUGACGCAAUUUGGUGGAAAAUGAAAUGUAUUCUUAUAAGCUAACCAAACAAUCUCUUUGCAUCUAAUAGAGUUCAUAGAUUGUGCAAAUUGACGCUACGUCUCCAGGAUGACAAUCGAAGACCUUGCGUUAGUGUGUUAGUGACCGCGUAGAAACAAUCUCUUCCCGAUGGGCGACGCAAACAAAAAAUACAUGUCUUUCUGGAAAAGGCACAUGCACAGGAGCGUGUCCAGUCCUUCCUUAGCACGGAAGUCAGGGAAACUCUCAAAAGACGAAAUAUCUAUGCCCUUUCCAGGGGACCCAAGUUGCUUUAGGCCUCUUAAUAGCUUUUAUGGCAGCACAGAAUCGAACUCGAACCACUGCAGAUCUGCGGAGAUACUUUCAGAUUCUCAAGGCAAUGCGAAGGACUCUAUACUGGAGAAAGGGAAAGUCUCAAGGGAUGCUGGUGGGAAGAGCCGUUCUAAGUCUAUCAACACUCUCUUGAGAUCUCAAGAGAUAUAUACCUCUGAGCAGCAUCACGCCUUACAGGCGAGAGGUCUCCAAAGCUUAGGGUCAGCCCCCGAGACACCAAAACAAAAGCAAGACAAUGUUACAAACAGUUAUGCUCCUUCUGUCUCAGGAGAGAGAGCUGAGUCGACAGAUCGCAUCGACAGUUCUAAUAAAAGUGUAAUGGAUUCAAAAUCAUGUAAUGGUUCCAUUAGGCCACUUAAAGAGAAUGGUCCUGAUGCAACUGUGGAACCGACCCGAAAAUUGCCAUUAGGUUCAAAGAACAGAGAGGAAAACAAAAAAUCAAAAUUGAUGGCUUUAGGAAGGAGAUCCCAAAGGCAGAAGAACAUCAACUUCGAUACCAGAAACACCAUGAAAAGUGAUAAUGAUCAGAAGACGCAGCAAGAGAAAAAGAAGGACAGCAAACCUUCAAUAUUUGGCAUCAGCUUUAGGAGAAAGAAGAAAGAAAGCAAUACCAAAAGUCAUGUCACGAUAUACGAAGUGCCUGAAAAAGAGUCCCCAGACAAGAAAAGUUCUCAAUCUGCUUCACCUGGUGAAAACUUACUACCGGGAGGUAAACAAGAUGAAUUAUACGGCUAUGGUUCUCCGAUAUAUGAGAUCAUGACGCCAACAGAGAUCUAUGAGAGAAGAGCAUCAAUUAAAAAUAUAAAUGGUGCGUCGACUCCCAAAAUUUCCAGCAGUCAGCGAAGAACAGGAAACAACGAAGAUAGGCAUUUUGACUUCGAUCUCAGUAAAAUCAACUUGAAAAUCAGUCCGGAAGCACAAAACAGUAAGCAGUCACUUAAAAAAGGUGACGCAAAUUCGUGUAUUAUUGACACUCCUGAUGGAAACAAAAUACUCGAGAGAAGCCCUACUGUCAGUGACAGCACAGAGGAUAACAAAAGUACCAGUAUCACGUUCAAGUCAGAAAGUCCAGAGGGUGUCAAAGAGGUGGUCAACAUUUUACCCGAGACGUCGUCAACUCAUAGCCAACACACUUGGGACUCCCCCGGAGGACUUCUCCCUCCACCAGAGCUCAAGACACAACCUACUCCUCCGAGAAAGCAUCAGCAUAUAACUAGAACCAGAAGUGAACCCACAAAAGGAAGAGGAGACUUGUCCAUUCACAGGACCUUGACACACACACAGAGCGAGGCUAUGUACCCGCUACUGGAUGACCAUCUGAAAAAGCACAACAUCAGAGUGGCAGCUGAACUGGGUAUAGACAUACCCUCGCUCAGUAAAUCAGACGUACCUGCAAUCGAAAGAGCGAGGAAUAGCAGAAAGGAGAGCGACCCAGAGUUUUCAACUCCAACGAACACAACGAAGAGGAGGCCAGCUAGCCUUACAUUACCAGAGUAUGGUGACACUUCAGAGCAGACAUCCCAAUAUUCAAGCCCUCUCCAAAAUAGGUUUGAUCCAAUCCCCAGAAGCAUUUCACAAACCUUUAACUUGGAUACGGCGUAUUCUACGAGUAAACAGGCACCACUGGCGGCUGGAGAAUCAUUCUCAAAUAAUGGUCCAGUGCCAGGUGGUCAGACCCAUUACAUAUCAACGAAAAAACAGGUUGUUGUAAAGAAAAUAGGACGCACAGGCGAUCCAAGACAUGCAAAUAGACCUGCAUUGCAGACCACGGGACAAAUGGUGGACUCCACAGACGGACCUGCACCAAGGCAUAAAGGAAAUGUACAAGAAACAGGGACACAUACGAACAGUGAUAUACCAGCUGCCCCUCCUCCCCCUCCCAUCAUUGUUGGUGCUAUCAGAAAGAAACAGCAAGAGUUUACCAGAGGAAGUGACCUUGAAGGCAUCAAUAAAGUAAAUUUGUAUCCCAAAGAAGGAAAUCCCCAAAAUUCUGAAGAGGUACGCGACGCACUUCCUCAGUAUGACCCUCCUUUUCCUCCAAAAGAAGCAAAGCUUCCUCCUCCAAAUGAAACAACACUUUCUCAUUCGAAAGAAACACUUCCUCUUUCAAAUAGAACAACAAUUCCUCUUCCAAAGGAAACAGCAAUUCCCCGUCCAAGAGAACCAACUCUUCACUCGCAUUACAACGACGUAUUCGAGGCCCCAACUCACCGGAUGGAAUCCGUCAUUCCCCAAAGACCACUUUACGCUGUCGGUGAAGAUUUGUACGAUAUACCACGCUAUCGUAGCCAUCAACAACCGUACACCCAAAGAACACUUCAUCCCUCACGUGCAAACGCAUACAACGUUUACGAUAACCCAGGCAGAUUCGUCCCUCCACAGCCAAAUAUACCAAGGACUCAAGCCCCCUCAAGCGACCGCGACGUGGCCAAAGCAGCGGUGAUUAAUUGGGUGACUGAUCGCGUUGCUCAACUGCCUGCAAAUGCCAGGGCUAUGUACGUCAAUCACCAGUGGUCCUGCAAGGUUCAGCCUAAACUGAUGUAUCGUCAACCUCCGAUAUACGAAGAAAAUAGCGAAGACGUCUAUCAGGUAUAUCAGCCAAGGGAGUUGAUAACAGCUAAGGCGAAGCAUUACAACGACCCUUAUCAAUUCGUGGGCAUUUAUCGAUCGGCUUCUCUUGAGAGGAUAGAACGUCCACCACCACCUGUCAAAUCUGUCGUCUAUGGGAACGCCCACUCCCAGAUUCCUCAUUAUACCGUUCCUAGAAGACUUCCUUAUCAGCAACGAAGCUUCCACUACCCGCCAUCGCAACAGGAACCAAAUCUUAUCUAUGAUCAGUACGCGGCAUUCCAUCGCUCACCAUCGCUCGACCGACAAGGACGUCGACCUCAUGCCCAGUCGUCUUUCAACCUAUACGCUCGACCCAGUGACUUGCAGUACGCGAGGUUUCUAAGUCCACAGAAGUAUAGCAGCAGCCAACCUCCCAGUCCAGCGGGAUUUUAUCGUACGGCGUCGCUCGAUCGUCUUGGGCGCCGAAAUUUGGCUGUAGCUGGCCCCGGGGAUCCUUAUCUCCCCCCUCCUCGCAGCAGUCAUCAGCAUCAUCGCCAUCCAGGGUAUUAUCAUCAGCAGCCACCCAUGGUCUUACAACAAAAAGCCGAACACCAGUUGCGUUAUGAUCAGCACAUGAAUGGCCACCAAUCACCAUAUGCUGACCGAAGACAGAGGGACCCAGCGGGAGGCAGAUUUCGAUCCUAUUCAUCCGCUGCUCAAGUGAUGAGGCCGCAGCCCUCCCCACAGCCACCACAGCAAAACCAGUCGCAUGAUUAUCAGAGGAAUUACCAGCUGCCUACUCCGAUUUAGGAACGGGGAAGACGUUGGAAUCAUAUGGAGACGGAUGUGUGGUUAGAUAGUAACAGCUACAUGCAUGGAACUACUUCAAUGUAGAUAUAUGAUAACCAUACAGUUGAGAAAGUGUGUAUGAACAGAAUGUUACUUAGCAAAACAUUGAUAACCACAUAAAUCUAGAUUUUAAAAAGUAUGGAAUAACUAUCAUUGCCAGAAAAUGAGAGAAAUGUAAAUGAAUGCUCUCAAAUUCACAGUAACCCUCUUUCCCGAUGGUUUUCCUUUAUGACAAAGCAUUCGACAUUUAAUGUUUCUCACAGAAUGCGUAUUUAUAGUCUAAUCUCGUCUUCAGUCAUUUAUGUGGCAAAAAGUUGGAAGUUUUGCUUAAACUGUAAAUUGCGUGACAGAAUAAAUAUUGGCUUUUA